AUGUUAAGUCAAGUUUUAUGGGCUUAUCGAAAUUCACCAAGAGGGUCAAUAGGUACGUCGCCUUAUAAAUUAGUAUAUGGCCAUGAUGCUGUGCUACCAUUGGAAAUCAAUCUGAAUACUUUGAGGGUGUCCAAACAAAACGAUUUGCCAGUUCAUGAUUAUUGGAAUGCAAUGUUUGAUGAGUUGAACGAAUUAGAUUCAAAACGAAUAUUGGCACUCGAAAAUAUGAUUCGACAAAAAGAAAGUGUUGCUCGAAAUUACAAUCGUCGAAUAAAGGAGAAAUACUUCAGUAUAGGUGAGUUGGUUUUGAAAGUUAUUUUUCCAAUAGAAAAGAAAUUGAGAGUUCUUGGCAAAUGGUCCCAUACUUGGGAAGGCCCUUUCCAAGUGAUAGGAUUAUAUUCCGGAAAUGCAUAUCGAAUCAAGGAUAUCGAAUCAGGAAAUAUAAUCAAUUCGAUUAAUAGAAAGUAUUUGAAGCAAUAUCAUUGUUUGCUGAAUUAA